CUUGCCUAUAUCUGGCCCUUGAGGCAUUAUUCUUGCCACUUUCACCAACCAUAUCCUUCCACUAACAACAAUAAUGGGGUACUACUCCUGCUAUUGAAUCCAACAAUGGGGCACCAGGGGCAGACUGACCAUUGGGGAACUCGGGCACUGCCCGAGGGCCCGGGGUCAGUAGGGGGCCCCAUGAGAUGCUUUUUUGGGUGUGGUUUGAGUGUGGGAGAGGACACAGGGACCCCAUGAUCCCCUAUUGCCCAGGGGCCCCAUGA